AUGCCGUUCUUUGAGAUAGUUAGUGUGACACCGACAAAUCAAAAUUUCCUCGUCGGUUAUGUCUUCAUGCGCAACGAGUGCACGGCCAGCUAUCGAUGGGUUUUGCAGAGAUUAAGAGACUUGAUCGGGAUUGAUAAGGAACCGUCGGUUUUCUUGAGUGAUCGUGAGUUGGGGCUAGUUGCGGCAUUGAGGGAAGUGUUUCUAGGGACCUCGCACUUACUUUGUCGAUGGCAUAUUAACAAAGAUGUUGAGGCUCGUGUCACUGAUAUGUUCAAAAGCAAAAAGGUCGGUGCGGCAUUCAAAAACGGGAGAUGGAAACGUGUGAUGGACGCUGCAACCGAGGAGGAUUAUGAGGCUGCUGUAGAGAUGAUGAAACUGAAAUGGGCAAGUUCUUUGGAUACCGUAUGGGCCCGAGUUCAUUGUCACAUUGGUAAUCAGAUCAUCGCUAUUCGUAAUGAUUUGGAGGCAUCUAGGUCGAAGAUUGGUCAGAAGUACAGACAAUUGCCAUUGUCACGUAUCAACGGCAAGGUGUCUCAGCAUUGUUUGAAGAUUCUCGACAAGGAGACGAAAAGGAAGAGGGAUCUGAGUUAUCAGUUCUGGAAGACUUUGGUUAUCGGCAAUGGUAAUGAUGGAACAACGUUCGGUAAUGACGCGACCGAGGACGCCACACAUUUUCGAAAUCUGAUGGACGAGGUACUUGAUAGUGAUAAUGCUAUUCUACGAAAUGUGACACGCAUCAUUGAGGAAGAGCUACAUCCGGAUCAUGAUAACCUCCAAGAACCUCAUAUCAACCAUAGGGUGCGUGGUCGACAGAGGAACAACGAUACAAGACGUGAUCAGUCUUAUUUCGAACAUGUGAAUCGCCGAAACAGUCAAUCUGGUCAACGACAAGGAGAAGAUGAAUCAGACAUCACCCAAAGCCGGUAUCAACACUUGAUUCCCGGACCUAUGUUGCCUUUCAUCAUAGGGUGGAAACAUGUCAUUGGCGAUGGUAACUGCGACUUUCGUUGUGUCGCCGAGUUCUUCUUUGGUGAUCAAGGCCAAUGGUAUGACGCUCGAGAAAUAAUCGCUAACGAGGUCCUUGGUUAUCCAUCCCUGUACGGGAGGAUUUACGGGCUUGGAAGGCUUCAGAUAAAUGUGGAGCGUAUUCGAUGGGACGGUGGGGCGGUUGAUGCUCGUCAUUGGAUGGUUGCAAUUCAAGAUUUAUUUCCUAUUGCUACUUGGUUCAACUCAAUGGUUAUUAUUCUCGGUGUAGGCACCGUACCAUCGUGCUUGUACCCAUGUCUCACUAUCUUGCCGUUGCGGGCACGAAGAGGAGUCACGGCACCACAACGGGAGUUUGUCAUCGCUACAGUUUCUGCCUCACAUUUUAUAUUGCUUGAACUUGCACCAGAUUCACCACUUCCCCCUAUUGCAGGUUGGUGGACCGAGAACCACGAACCAAGUGUUGAAGGUUGGGAUCACCGUUAUGUAGCUAGAAGGAACAUGUGGGAUGCGUUAACUAGACAAUGA